ACUGUACGACGGGUUAUUACAUGUAAUAACAAAUGUUUUUUCUUUCAACGAAAUAAAUGAUUUCGGACUUAAAUUAACAUAACCUAAUAAAGUAAUAAACAAAUAAUCCUUGUUUUUACGUACUAACUAAGUUCAUCAACUUUAUCAUUACAUUCAUAAUCGUCACCACGAUCUAAAUAAUAUCUUUUCUACAUCGUGAUAGCCAAAUAAUAUGGUCUAUAUACUGAUACUAUAAUCUAAGCAACAGAAAUAAGGAAAUAAUAGUGAAAAAUGGACAAUUUUCGCCAACGAAUAUGUUUUUCUGCGCCAACGAUAUCAGAUAAUUUAUUGGAUCUCGAACGAAAUAAUGAAGUUCAAGAUUUAAUGGUAUUUUGUGGUGCAGACGAAAUAGGAAAUAUGAUUACAUUAUGCGUUAAUCAAAAUUACAAUUUAAAACAAUCGAAGUCUUUAGUAUACAUCCGAGAUCCCACCGGACUUGAAUUCACAAAUCAAGAAACAGAUAAAGGAUCUUAUGAAUUUUCUAGUUGGAAAACACUCAGUCUCCAAUUUCAAUGUAUAGUACCAAUGCGAACAUGGAGAAUCGUGUUCAGUGGUCGUCUUAGAAACGGUGGGAAUUAUCAUCACGUGAAGAUAAAUUUCUUGUGGAAGCCAUUUGGAUUUCCAGUGUACUGUGAUAAAAAAAAUACAUUUUUCAAACAUGAAAUUGAUCACUCUGAUCCGGACUACAUUAACAAUUUAUUGGGAUUCGAUCAUUUCGGUCAAAUUUCCGGUUCAAUAGUUGUAGAUGGUAAAUCAGAAAUGAUUUACAUGCGUGCUAUGAGAUUAAGACGGUGGAAUAUGUCAGUAGACGACUCAAUGUUUGCUGGCUUUAUGAACAGUAAUAUGUGUUCCGUACAGAAAUUAGAAAGGAUAAAUUGUCGUGGUCAUUUAAAAACAAUUUCAGUACAUGAAAUACUGACACCAGAUGAAAUCAAUUUCGUGAGUGGAGAAAGCGAUAUUCCAACAAUUGCAAUACAUCAUAAAAAUUUUAGUUUAAAUGCAAAUUUAAAAAGCCAAACGAUUGUCAACCUGAAUACUGUGUCAAUCGAAACCGUUAUUGGAGACGACUUUAAGGGAAUACUUUUAUGUUUCAAAAAUGCGUACAUAACAGACAAGAUAGUAGAUUCCACAGAGGACAUUUCUGUAAACGAUCAUAAAAUCGGUUUAACCGUUAACUUAAACUCGGAGAUGUGCGCGUUCAGCAAUAUAGUAGGAAAUAAAGCAAAAUCUCUGUUCCGAUUAAAAAAAGCAAUCGUCAAUGGUCUAAUUAAUGACGUUAUUGUCCCCGAAGGUUUAUGCAUCACGACGAUCGCGAUGAGAGCACAUAUAAACGAAAAUAAAGAAUUGUCAAACUAUUUAAACAGCACGAUCGAAAAAGCAAAACAGAGUGAUUUUGAACAGUUGUCGAAUUACUGUGAACGGUUGAACGAUCAGUGGCGGUCGACCAAACUGUGUGUCGAGUUGCUGGAGGCGAUUUCAAACGGCGUGAGCGAACACCGCGUAUACGCCGUCCGUUCAUCUGGAACGUUCGAGGAUGGCGAAUCGACAUCAUCAGCAGGUCAAUACAUCACCAAACUAGGCUGCGCCGGUCGUACUUCCGAAGUUGCGGCGGCAAUUUUAGAAUGUUGGUCGUCAAAUUUCUCGGCGCGAGCUCUGACAUACCGAAAAAAUAACGGACAGCCAUUGAUGUGCGACAUGGCCGUGAUCGUUCAGGAUCAAGUAAGCGGUCCAGGAGUGGCAGGAGUUGCGUUCUCAAGAGACCCAAACACUGGAGAUCCCGGAAAAAUCACCGUGGCCGCGAGUUAUGGCUUAGAAAAAGCGGGCGUUGUUUCGGGAACGGUCGAACCUUACGAGGUCGUUGUUUCUAGACUGCAGUUUGAGACAAUUGACGACGACUCCACUACAAUUGCGGAAAACUGCUCACAGACUACAUCGAAUUUCGUCGUUGAAAAUGACAAUGAUGGGAAACCGCGUUGUGUUUCCGAUAAUUUGGUCAAAAAAUUGGCCAACAUCUGCGUCCGAGUAGAAGGCGUGUUUGGUUCCCCGCAAGAUAUCGAAUGGGUGGCUGUAGAGGAUCAAAUUUACCUUCUCCAGUCGAGACCAAUCACGUCCAUAUUCGCUUGGAGUAACGACGAAAUCACGCGAGAAUUUGACACACCGUUUACGAGCGACGACGUGGUGAUGUUUUAUAAUGUGAAGGAAGUCUACCCUAACCCUAUGCACACUCUAUCGUUGACUUUGGAUUUCUUUUCAACGUUCCCACUGUUUAAAUUGACCGAAAAAGAACUUACUGAUAUAUAUUGUAACAAACAGUUGUCCUACACUCACAACAACAUGUGUCUUAACGUAUGUCAAAUGUUCCAAGAUUUAGAACCUGACAGCGUAUAUGUUAAAAUAAUUGAAUAUUCGAUAGCUGGACAAUGUUUUUUAACAAGUAGCAUAUGGGAGAAAAUAUUAUUGAAAAAUCGCAGUUCUGCAUUACAAAAAUUUUUAAAAUCUAUUUCUUCAUUUAAGGAAACACUAUACCUCGAAUCACGGUUAAACGAAACACACAAAUUGAUUUGUAAUACAAAUAUACAACAGUCGGAUACAGCAUUGGGUCUUUUAAAUAAUAUUGACAGUGUUAUGGAUAUUUUAGAAAAGGUCACUUCUUGUCAUGUGGUAUCAAGCAUGAAUAAUAUAAUAUCACAUACAUUGUUGGCAAUAUUAGGAUUAGACUUCAAUAAAGACUCGCCUAUUGAUACGUUAUCCAAUUUAGCGGCCUCGAUUAAUACACCAGACAUAAUAAACGUUUCAAUCUUAAAAGAUAUUCAAGCUAUUGCUGGAGUUAUUUCUGAAAUGCCUUCCAAAAAAGAAUUUUGCGAUUUACCCGUUGAAAACUGUAACGACUGGUUAAAAUUGAACUGUGAGAAAGGUUAUGGUCAAGUGAAAUAUUUUAUUCAAAAAUAUGGACACCGUGGUGCCCAAGAGUUAGAUUUUGGUUCAGAAACUUGGUCAACCGAUUGUAACCGAUUAUUUUCGUGUCUCCGAUCGUUAAUAUUGUACGAACACCGUCAAUCCGAUAAAAAAUCAAUAGAAAUCGAUUCUAGUACUGUUUCAAGAGGAUAUAUUAAAAAAAUGAUAUUCGAUUAUUUACUAAAGAAAUAUCGUCAAAGCAUUUCAUAUAGGGAACAAUCAAAGGAUAUGCUGGUGCAGAUCACUCACAAACUGCGAUUGGGUUAUCGAAAUCUCGGUGAAAAACUCGUGGCUGAAGGAAAAAUACCAGAUUCGAAACUUAUUUUUUUCAUGUCUCAGUACGAAGUUAGAAAAAUGUGCGGAAACAAUAACCGUCCCGAAAUUGUACACAGAGCAAUGAAAAGACGUAAAUUGUGGCCCGAUUGGGCAUUAUUGCAGUUUGACGACGUAUGUUACGGACCACCUGUUCCUAAAAAAAAUUUAGACGAGGAAUCUGUUUACAGUUCCAAACGGUUUAAAGGUUGUUGCGUGUUUCCUGGACGGAUUAAAAACCGUGCGUGUGUACUAGAGCACAUCGAAGACGCGCAUUGCUUGCGGACAGGAGAUAUUUUGAUCGUGAAAUCCGUCGACAUAGCUUGGUCACCAUAUUUCCCGAUUAUUUCCGGUUUAGUCACGGAGAUUGGCGGUGUAAUAUCUCACGGCGCUGUUGUAGCCAGAGAAUACGGGUUACCUUGUCUUGUUGGAGUACAAAAUAUCAAAAAAUAUUUCAAAACGGGUGAUAUGGUAAUUCUAGAUUCCGAGAAAGGAUUUGUCAUCAAAGAUGACAGCAUUAUGACGAAUUGAGAUUACAUCUAAAAUAAUAGUUCAUAUUUAUGUAUCAUUUAAUUUUCAAGUAAAAUAUAUAAAAUAAAUUGAGAACAAUACAAAAAGUUUAAAGAACAUAAGAUUAUAAAUAAUAAAACUAUUUAUACUAAC